GUCGCAAUGGACGGCCGAAUGCCGCUAUCGGUUCCCAAGUCGUCGAUGAACUGCUCGACAGCGCCGUCAGUGACCGUAACGAUGGCCUCCACGGGAGCCCAACCGCGGAAGAAGAUCUUCUCCGGCAAUAGUAAGCAAAACAGAGCCGUCUUUAAUAUGAAGAACUUCUGGAGCGAUAGUAACGGCCCGAAGAAGUCGUCGCUCGUGUCCUCGAAGACCAAGAACUCCAUAUUUGACGUUCAAUACGUGUGGCGACCGAAGGCGGUGUCCGUCGACGUGACCACAGCUGACGGCAACGAUCGCAAGAGUACGAGUCCUCUCGUGUCCGCUGCCAUCACUCACGUGACCACCACUAAGACGACGACCACGUAUUUGACGCCUACGACCACAGCGUCGGCCAUCAAAAGCCCGACCAAAGCCUCGGCCCAUACCGUGCGCUCGAAGUCCUCUUCGCCCGUCAAAGCGAGUCUCAAAGCAAGUGUCGAUUCGUCGGCGUUUAUCACCGCUAAACCAGCUGUCGAUUACUCAACGCAGACGACGUACGCCACCCGACGCAUGAAGGCUCGAUCGGGCGCUCAGUUGUUGGACCCGUCGUCACCGCCGCCGCCAUCAGCCAAGACAUCGCCCGAAGUUGUGAAGCAAACGAAGCCAACGGUCGUCGAAGACAAUCAAUUAUCUGUUGGCAGUGAUAGCCGUGCGGAGAGUCCGGUGGAAGAGAUGGACGCGGAGUCUGUGGUGUCCGAGACGUCUACAAACGGCCCGUUGACUCAAUCCUCUGAGUCGCCGGCGUCACAGAAGGCACCGGUCAUUGAUUUGAUGCCCGAGUCAUCGCAACCCACAGAUGAAACCGACUCUUUGGCCGUUACGACGACCACAACGGAGACGACCGACACAACCGCCACCUCAGAGACAACCACUCAAAUCAUAUCCAAACCGAAGCGAAAGAUCUUCUCGUCGGCCAACAAGAAGAACAGAGCGGUGUUUAGCGCUAAGAAUUUCUGGACAUCCGGUCCGUCCGAGUUUGACGGCGACGACUUCGGCGGCGAACCCAAUGCCGACCCCUCGGCCGCCGCCACACAGUCUUCGUCGACGACAGCGAACGCUAACAACAAAAACAAAAUGGCCGACGAUUUUGACGCCGAAGACGAUUACGUAGUGUUGCGUCGCGUGAAGAAAGCCCAUCAGUGCCACGAUUUGGGCGAAACGGAACAGUUUGACGACGAUAUCAAAUACCAUUUGAGUGGAAUCGAUGUCUCCAACUCAACCGCCAUGCGAUGUCUUAGUAUAUUAGGUUUGACACAACAGGCGAUGCGACCGGAGUUUCGGAUGCAUUUGCGAGCGCACGACGAUAUGCCCCGAAUCAUCAGUGCCUUAAUGGACGCGCCGACGGACGACAAUCUGGCCCUCUGUACGGCGUGUCUCAUGUUUGUCUACAGUCAGGACCGCUUGACAAUGGAUAUCGACCCGAACGCACUCUCGUUGAUGCUUCAGCUCCUGGAGACCCGAAGCGACGAAUGCAAUGCCGUCGACCUUAAGACCAAAAACAAAGUGAAGGACUUAUGCGAGCAAAUGAAGAAGAAGGACAUUCCGGUCGCCAAAUACCUUAAACUCUCUGACAUUACUGCCGGAACCCUCGCUAUGGAGACGCUGUUAGGGUUGACAUCGAAACGGGCCGGCGAUUGGUUUAAGGAAGAGCUCCGGCGUAUUAAAGGCAUUGACUUUAUUAUGGAUACUGUCCUCCGGUGCUCAGAGUUUAACGAUGACGAGGGCUUUAUGGUUAAGAUUGAUCGGUGUAUGCAUGUCCUCGAAAAUGUGACACUAAAUAACUUAGAAAAUCAAGAAUAUAUUCUAAAGUAUAGAGAGGGCCUCUUCAUCAACACAUCCAUACAAUUACUUCAUUCGUGUAAAUAUCGUAUACUUUUAUCCAAUGAUUCCAAAGUGUUUUUGUCGGCGUUUUUCUCCAUUUUACGCGUUUUAACACAUCUCACGUCAGAAAGUGCCGACGGCUGUCUUAUAAUCGGUUCAUACGAAGGAAUAAUCGAUUUACUGUUGGAAUCAAUAGUGGAAUUGCCGUCAUUUAUAAUGUCUGACCAGCGUUUCGAUCUAAUGGUUAUACUUCUGUGCCUUUGCAUCAAUUUAGUCGAGUUUUGUCCACAAAUGCGUGAUUUAGUGGUUACCAGUAAUUCAAAGCUCAAGAAUCUGAUUGAAUUGCUAUUCAAACGCAUAGAAGAGGCCGUACGGACAGAGCAACAGACCGAUGAACUGCUCGAGUCUCACGAAAAAGUUCAAAUGACCGAAGCUAUGAGGGACUCACUCUUACACACAAUGCUUUCACAGUCGGGUAAUCAUAUGGAGCACAGUAUAAUUGCCGCCUGCAUUGCUCUACUGCUGGGCUGUACAAUACAGGACAACAUGCGAUACACAAAUACCGUGAGGUCUAAUCUGCCGAACCAGUCGUUUGAUCCGUUGGUCGAAGUGCUUCAAAAGCUCAGAGAUUUUGCAUAUUUAGCUGAUAUAAUGACCAAAAAAGGCAAAGAAAGAGUCGACCGAAUCAUUCAAGUGUUCAAAUCGUCUUAACAUUAAUUGACAUUUUUAACUGUGAAUUCAUUUUUUAUGAAUUAUAUUAAUUAAAGCUAAAUGACAACAAAUGGAUUUUCUCUCUUUACAAAAUAGGCUAAAAUUAAUCAAUUAUUUCAUUACAGACUUAAUUUAUUAUAUAUUUUUAUUUGUAACAAGAAAUGCAUAUAAAAUAUUAUUUUAACGUUUCGUUCAUCAAAACAGAGUUAUUGUAUAAAAUUUGCACAAUUUUUAACACAACAUUUUUACUGUAAAUUAUUUUGAAUCAAAUCCUAAGACAAAACCCAAU